UCGCUGCACUCACUGUGCAUUCUUUGUUGAUUCUGGGAAGUCUCUCCUUCAGGAAGUGUUUAGAAGGAUGGAAGCCACAGCUGUGGAAGAGGAGUUGAACUGUGCUGUGUGUCACCAGAUGCACCAAGACCCUGUCUCUUUGCUCUGCCAACACAGCUUCUGCCGCAAAUGCCUUGAAGACAUUUGGGCCCAAGAAGUCAGUCAGGAUGGGUUCAGCUGUCCCCAGUGCCAUCAAACUUUCAACCCCAAGCCCACUCUGAAGAGAAGCACUCCCACUGUCCCCUGUGAUCACUGCAUCGACAGUGAGUCCCCAGCUGUGAAGACCUGUCUGAAAUGUGAAACCUCCUUCUGUUCCUUCCAUUUGAAGACGCACAUGAUGAAAGAAAACUUCAAGGAUCACAAACUAGUCAACCCUGUGACUGACCUUAUGCUCAGAAAGUGCCCAGACCAUCAGAAAAAUCUUGAGUUCUUCUGUAUAGAUGAUGGAGUUUGUGUAUGUGCCUCAUGUGGAGUUAUUGGCAGACACCGAUCCCAUAAAAUGGUGGGUCUGGAUGAGACAGAAGCUACAAAGAAGAAAGAAAUGAAGAAUGAAGUUGAGAAACUUCAGACAGUUCUCCAGAAUUGUAUUAGCAAGCAGAAAAACUUGGAGAAAUCAGAAGCUGAAAUAAAGACACAUGCCAGUGAGCUGAAGGGAAAGCUGUCGAAGAUGUUCUCUGAAAAGAGGAAACAGUUAAAUGAAGAUGAAAAGUGCGCACUGAGACUGAUCGAUGAGCAUGAGCAUUCUCUGCUGUCUGAGAUUAGUAACAACUUAGCAACAUUGCACUUGAUAAUAGAACAGAUGAGGUUACUCAAUGAGAAAGCUCAGAAUCUAAUGCAAGAAGACAGCAUCUCGUUUAUUCAGACAGACACUAUCACUUUAUCAAAAUCCUGGAAUUCCAUACCGAAGGACAUUGCGGGUCCACCUUCAGUACAUAGUUCAAAAAGGCACCACCUUCUCAAAAGCAACGAGGGACAGAAAUCGGCAGAGCUCCUUCCCAAAGUUGUUGAAACUCAAAAGCUCACCUUUCCAGAUCCUCCAGAACCAGUCUUGAACCUGUCCAAUCUGUCUCAAUUUCUCAAAGAGUGGAUGGAGGAAUCUGAAAAGUCUUACUCAACCAGAGAGAAACUGAGACAAAUGCAUGAAUGUAUGGAAUCGACUUGCGGAGAAGCACCAGCUGAACCAGCACGUGUAGCCCAUACACAGAUUACUGACGAGAAAAUUCUGAGAGAAGCCAUACCCAAAUCCUCUGUAAGACCAAGAUUAGCAGAAGCCACUCCGAUUGUCAUCAAACUGCAAAGUAAAGUACUGAACGGCUUUCCAAGAGAAUCAAAAGGAGAAUUGUCACAGUUGACCCUGGAUCCAACUACUGCAAGCAAGAACUUAAUUCUGUCUGUUGAUCUGAGAUCAGUGGUGUACAGUGAGGAAGAACAGCCCCAUGCAAGUAACCCAUCGAGAUUUAAAACCUACUCCCAAAUCCUCUGCAAACAGAGCUUUUACUGCGGCUAUCAUUCCUGGGAUGUGGAAAUGGAUGGAAAUUGGUGGGGAAUUGGGAUCACUUAUGGGACCAUACCGAAGACAGGCAGUAAUUCCGAUCUCCGGAAAACGUCAAAAGCUUGGUGCUUAUAUCAAAGCAUCAGCAUGUUGAAAGCCUAUCAUAAUCACAAGCAUACACCAGUACCACUGAAAUCCUCCAUCAAGAAGAUCCGAGUUUUUUUAGACUACGAUGCAGGAACAGUAUCAUUUUUCCAGGUCACUGACACCCUGAUACGCUUGCACAUGUUUAAAACCACAUUUACUGAGCCUGUGUAUCCAGCGUUCUGCUGUGAGAACAACACCAGGCUACGACUGUCAAAUUAGUUUUGUAAUUCUAAGAGUUGUUCAUUUCUUUUAGAAUGUAUUUGUGUGUUGCCCACCAUCACUCGCUGACAUUGAGAGCCUUUGGUGUGGUGCUGGAGUCACAUGUUAACAAGACCAGACGAGAUCUUUCUGGUGAGACCAUCCCUAAAUUGCACAUACUUCAACUGCGAUAUCCUUGGGCUGAAGUGCUUAGUCAUCAUGAGCCGUGACCCAGUGUUACAUAGAAACGUAGGAACAGAUGCAGGCCAUUCAGCCCCUUGUACCUGUUCCACAAUCAAUGAAAUAUGCUGUCUAAAUCCAUAUACCUGCCAUUAGCCCAUACCCCUUCAUACCUUUGCUUAAUAAAAUGAUAUCUAUAUCAGAGCUAAAAUUAACAAUAGAUAUCACAUCACGUCACUUGUGGAAGAGAAUUCCACUCAUCUCUCACUCUGUGUGUAGCUUCCUAAUAUCUUUCCUGAACGACCUGGCCUUAAUUCUCAGAUGAUGCCCUCUAGGUUUAGAAUCCCCAACCAAUGGAAAUAGUUUAUCAAUCCCAUCUUCUCCUGUUUCACUCAAAUGUGCAUAUGCUUUGUUUUAUUCAUUCACAGUUUAUAGAUGUUACUGGUCAGGUUAAUAUUUAUCAUCUAUCGCCAGUUGCCCAGAGCUCAUCAACGCUUCUUAGACGCACCUUCUAAAUCCACAACCAGUUCCUCUCAGAAGGACAACAGACAAUUAAUAUUCCAACCACACAAAUGCCAGGCAAAAUCCAUCACCAAUAAGAGACAAUUUAACCACUACUCCAUGACAUUCAAUAAUGUUGACAUCACUGUUUCCCAGUCUAUAAACAACUUGAGGGUUGCCAUUGACCAGAGUCUCAACUAGACUCACAGUAUAAACACAGUGGCCACAAGAACAGGUUAGAGGCUAGGAAUACUGUGGUGAGUGACUUGCCUCCUGUCUCCCCAAAACCUGCCUACAUCUAGAAGACACAAGUAAGGAAUAUGAUUGAAUACUCCCCACCUACCUGGAUAGGUGCAGCUCCCACAACACUCAAGAAGCUUAACACCAUCAGGACAAAACAGUCUAUUUGAUUGGCACCACAUCCACAAACAUCCACUCCCUCCACCACUAACAGUCUGUAGCAGCAGUGUUACAGUCAGCAAUUUACCAAAGAUCCUUAUACAGCACUUUCCAAACCUUAACCACUUCCACCGAAAAGGACAAGGGCAUUUGCUACAUAGGAUUACCAUCAGCUCUAAGUUCCUCUUCAUGCCCGCUCAUCAUCCUGAAUUGGAAAUAUAUCACCGUUCCCUCAUUGUUACUGGAUCAAAAUCUGGAAAUUUCCUUCCUAAGAGCUUUGUGGGUCAAACCACAAGAGGUGGACUGCGGUGGCUUACCAAGGCAGCUCGCCACCAUCUUCUCAAGGGCAGCUAGGGAUGGGCAAUAAAUUCUGGCCCAGCCAGCAAUGCCCAUGUCCUACAAGUGAAUAAAAUAAAGUUCAGAGUCAACCACACUGCUGUGAGUCUGAUAUCACAUGUAGGUCAGACCAGGUAAGGGUGGCUGAUUUCCUUCCCCACAAGGACAUUUGUGAAUCGGGUGGAUUUUUACCAUGACUGACAAUGACUAUGAGGACCCCAUUGGGGCUAUUUAAGGUAGAGAGGCAUUUGAGUCUGGGAAGAAAAUAGUUAAAUUGGAGGGAAUAUAGGGAAAAUGUCAAGGAAUGAGGGAAGCGAGGAAGAUUGUCAGAAUAUUUUAUCAGCUGCAUGAUUUAGAAAGAAAAUACAUCAACAUAUGUUUAAAGUAUGAUUCUAUGAUCUGUAGAGCUUUACUAAUACUCGCAAAGUUC